GAGAGGCGUACAGUAACAUGACAGCAGCUAGCAAACAUCUCAUCUGCCUGGCUCAACGACGUUAUGGUUUCGCUAGCUGCGUGUUUUUCUCCUAUUUUUGAUUAAUUUUCCUUAGUUGCACACAACCACAGCUUAGCAUGUGCAGAUAGAGCUGUUUAAUAAGUAGCCAGAUCGUUUGUCACGCUUAAAAUAUCGAAACCAGCGAUUGUUUGGACUUUGGGAGGCCGUGUAUUCUAUUUUCAACGCAUUUUUUUCAACGACCAGUCAAGAUUUUUCCCUUUUUUAUUACACAUCACAAUAUUGCCUAGAACCUCGCUGGACAGGCAUAUCAAAAUUGACGCUUUUUUAUUAAACAAGAAGGAAUUGGGAUUGAAUGCUGUUUUGUUUUGUUUUAACCAGCACAGCAGCACCAAAGCUUAAAAUUAUUAGCAAAAAAUAUAUCACCAGCUGCUUAAAUAUACCUUUUUUACAAUUUGGUGAGCUAUACCGUCAUCAGAUCGAUCUGACUGAGCUGUCAAUCCAGUAUUUUUUCUCUUUUUUUUUAAGACUCAACGGUGGUCUCUAGUUAACAGCGUUUGCUGUCAGUAUCAGAGCCUAAAAUUGACCAAGUGCAGAACUAAAGCUCUUAUCUGUUUGACAGCUCAUCUAUAAAAGUCUUUAGACCUUCCUGAGUGUCACCACUUACAUGCUUUCAGGAAGAGUUGCCAGAUUUUGCAAACCUGGAAGGUUUUCGUUGGUUCGUGUCGUGUUGUCCUCCCAGUUUUAACAUUUGAUCUCCAAUAUCUCUAAAAUGAACAGGACUUGUUAAUUUAGUUGUUUUUGUUUUUUUUUGGCAGCUGAGGGACAUUUUUAUUCGGUUUUUAUCAUCCAGAUAUUUGGAAACCAGCGUGUUUAUUUGUUAGAUUUUUUUACUCCAUAUUUUUGAGAGCCCUCACUACCAUUUUUUUACACGUUUCUGAUUUUCUGAAAUAUCAACAAACCCCAUAUCUAAACAUUUCCUUCGCUGUCUUAUCCAAAUAUAUAUAUAUCUAUAUAAAUAUAUAUUGUAAAUUCGCCUGACUGGAUUUUUCUUAGUCGAAACGCUGGAAGAGGAAGAAGCGUGAUUGAACGAAAGGCUGCUAGUUUUUUUUCCUCGUUUAUUUCUGACCCGGAUUGUCGUUUUUUUUAUCGGUGUUUAUUGCCUAAAAUGACGGCCAUUGAGAAACUGCAGAUGUUGAUCGAAGCAGCUGAAUAUCUUGAUCGAAGAGAAAGAGAAGCGGAGCACGGCUAUGCCUCCAUGUUACCCUUCACCAGCAACAAAGAGAGGGAUGGCUUGAAAAGAAAAAUCAAAAACAAGAAAAAUUGCAGCAGCAGGUCUACACACAACGAGAUGGAGAAGAACAGGAGGGCACAUUUACGACUGUGUUUGGAACGCUUGAAAUCCCUCGUGCCCUUAGGACCAGACUCAAACAGGCACACAACCCUCAGCCUACUUAUGAGGGCUAAGGAACACAUCAAGAGGUUGGAGGACAGCGAGAGAAAGGCCCAGCACACUAUAGACCAGCUGCAAAGAGAGCAAAGGCACCUGCGCAGACGCCUGGAGCAGCUGGGUGUGGAGCGCACACGCAUGGACAGCAUGGGCUCCACCGUCUCUUCAGACAAAUCGGACUCCGACCAAGAAGAGGUGGAUGUCGAUGUGGAAGGAACAGACUAUCUGUUGGGAGAUCUGGAAUGGAGCACCAGCAGCGUAAGUGACUCGGACGAGCAGGGAAGCUUGCGCAGUAGCUGCAGCGAUGAAGGCUAUUCCAGUGCCAGUCUCCGUCGCCUCGCCAACCCUCAGGAGAAGAGCCCAGCGCUGGGCUGCAGUCUAUAAGAGCACAGAUCACCCCGGGUUCCUCAGCCACUCAUCUCCCACCACUUCAACCUGUACCUCCAAUCACCUUCAGCAAGGUCCUCCUCUAAUACUUCAAUGGUGUUGUCUCCUUUGUGACCGAUUCGGUCUUUCUCUUGCUCUGACAAAUCCAGUCAAGAGGAGGAAGCACGAAGAAAGUAUUGGACUUUGGAUGUGCCGUCCACCAACCAGACCUCAUAUAUGCAGCACUAACUUGGAGAAAAGGCCAACCAAGGCUCCGCCCUCUCAAGGCUGACCUUCUUCACCAAUCCCCUCAGAUCUUCCCAUUCCCAUUUGCCUUCACUCCCAUCCCACCAUCCUGGAGAGAGGCACUCCAUUUGGGACAUUCCCAUUCCCGAAAGACCCUCAUAAGAACCUUAAAGACCUCACAGCCAGAUGAAGAAUGUGUACCAUACCACACCCACUGCCUAGUCACUCUCGCACUCUGGGACAAUCGCACCCAGGCUGUCUUACGCAGCCCUUUAUGUUCCUUCAAUCAAAACUGUACCAUCCAGACACAGGGCUGGGUCACCUGACCAGUUAGCUAACCUUACCAGAGCAUGGUGUUUUGCACUUAGAUGACGACGUCCGUAGGAGUGGCCUUUUUACACUCGUCCCAAGCCAGUUUUGCCUCUUCCUGCGUAAUAACCGAGGACGGAUUUGGGAAGCUAGAACAGAGCAAAAAGGGCUACUUCUACCAUAUGGGCAAAGAUCACUUUGUGUCAAAAGAUGUGCUGUCAUGUUGUUUCGUUUUCUAUAACGUCUCUCCGAAGGGACUGCAGCUACUUUAGUGAUGUAUCAGGCAUAGUGUGUUAGCUAGUCUUAAAAAAUAUGUACCUGCACUGUCUAAUACCCGCACGCCCGACACUCCCGCGUGGGCAGAGAUUACUGACGUGUUGUUGUUUCCUUUUUUUUUUUUACCCAGCAAGCACUCAUAAUACUCAUGCUGUGCGAAAUCAUCAGUGCGGUAGCAAUACACCCCUCAACUGGACUCACAGGUGGAUUCCUGACAUCCCAAGCAAGAGAACAUCUCUAUUAGUUGCCCUGUUUUUUUUUUUCUGCCGCUUUGAAUUUUACUAAUACUACAUCCGUGGGGCGAAACGACUGAAGCGUUUGCAGCAUGAGAUUCUUCAAGGGGUUUUGUGGGUUGGGUUUAUGAAACAGGGUGGGAAGGAUUGUGACUUCUGGAUCUCAGGUAUCUCUUCCUCUCUCUCUAAGGACAGUGGCGUAUUUGGUGUGUGUGCGAUGCAUUUUCUCCAUGUUUGUCUGUUUUCCUUUCUCUCGACUGUUCAGCCCCAAGGGCGAUUCUAGAAGCACAUUCCAUGGUAGAGCAGAGGUUUGUGUCACUGCAUGGACUGCAGACGCUGACACGAAGGUCUGAGGCUUCAGAUUACCUAUUGUAUGAGCGACAGACCUCUGCUCCUGCGCCAUCAGGCUCAUUGUAAGAGAGUGUGUGUGUGUGUGUGUGUUCGUUGGUGGCUGCAGCACUGCAUUGCAGUUUCACUCCUGCUGCCCAGCUGUUCACCAUUUCAGCUAAAUGUAGUCAUAUGUAUAUAGUUGACAGAAAAAGAGAGAUAUCUACCCUAUAUGUACGUAUAUGAAUAAAGUAUUUAUAUUUGAUCACAUUAUAUGUUAAAACAGACUAUACAAAUAUAUAUGAGAAUAUAUUUAAGUAGUGGUUGCUUUGGUUCUCCUCCUCGUUAGUUUCAAUGUGUAGUUGAUUUGCACUAUAUAAACAUACGUAUAAAUAUAUAUCUUAUUUUACACAUCUUAAAAUCGGACUCAAAAACGUUCAUUCUAUAUUUUUUCCUGCACAAAAAUGAAAACGUGUUGACUAAAAAAAAAGCAUAAAAUGUAUGAUAAAUUAUACAAAAAAAUAUGAUUGGGACGUAUUUGUUGGUGUGUUGGUGGCACUGCGAUUGUGUAAAGUGGGUAAUGAGAGUAGCCUGUUAUUGUUGUGCCUGAUCAGACUAGGGAGAAGCGUUUUUCUAGAACACUAGUGAGGAAAGGGGGUUCUUUCUAGAACCUAGUGAAGGAUCUGUAUGUUUGAAUGUACUGAAAUCUACUGUUGCAUCACAAACUAAAAUCUUAAAAUGUAGAAUUUUUAAUUUUUUAGAACUUUUUAGAUGCACCAAAAACAAACUGAAUUGUUCAUUCUUAACACAUGGAAUGCUGCUAGAAUGCUGGUAGUUUUGAAUUUUCAAAUAAAAGACCCCAAAAAAUUUAUUAAUAAAAAAUAAGUAUAAUUUUUGUGUGAGUUGUAGCCAUGAGAGCAUUAGAGCACGGUGUAUUUUGGAAAAGGGAGGGGGUGGUUUGUACUAUAUAUAUAAAUAUAUUCAUGUUUGCUUGUUUGUGACGUCACUGUCCACAGACAGAGAGAAAGGGUUUGAUUUUUCUUUUUUUUCUUCCUCUUUGGAGGGGGAGGGCAGGGGGUUUAGGGCUAUAUGCCUUUUGUAUUGAUAUGCUUUUUUUGUCUUGUUUAUCUUCAUUACAAGUGUUUAAAAAAAGUGCAAACAAAAAGUGAACUUCCUUCUCAAGAUUGUGUCUUGUUAACAGUUGGUGUCUUGAAGCUUCUCACGACCCGCUCUCACCGAUGUAAGCUCGACUUUCUGUGCAGUUUGACCUUUUUUCCCCUCGACUCUCCGAGUCUGCUUUACUCCUCUCAUACGCCGUCUUCUGUGGACACCAGUGGCGGGACAUAGCUAACGUGUUGCACUUACGAAUGCUACGUGAAAGACUCUACGGUGCUGUCACUCACACAGAUGUGAAUUCCCGCUAUAACACGAACCCUUUUUGUCCCGGCGCUGCGCUUGUCACAGUUAAUGAUGUCACCGCGGGGGGGUAGAUGUACUACUUUUGAUUUGUAUAUAUGGGUUAUGUACUGUACGUAGAGUACGAAACGGCUAAAGCCUUAAGACACACAAAUGUAUGGAAACAAUAGAUGUUUAAUCAGAAACUGACUGCAAACGUGGUCUGCUGAAAUGAACCCAUCGCCAGUCAUUCCCACUGAUCGUGACUGCGUCUCAGGUGUUUCACACCUUUCCAAAUAUACAUAAACACACACACGUACACACACACUCGUCCUUGAAGAUGUACUGCCUCUUGUAAGCUAAACGAAAGAGGUUUUUGUCUGUUUUACAUCCAAUCAGAAAUGGACAUUUCUAUGCUGUUACUUUUUAAGAAUUGGGCUACUUUGAUGUUGACUGCUAAAUAUGUGGUUAAAAGGAAUGAACUUAAAAUAAAAAACUGAAAAUGUCAA